AAAAAGAAACAGAGAAGAAGAAGAAGAAAAAAGCCUCGUCCGAUUGUUGACAAAGUGCAGCUAGCUACUUCUGGUUGGAAUGCAAUUUUUCUUCGUAUUCUCCAAAAGCUAUUGUUCACAAUGACCUCUCCACAAGACAGACACGGCACAAAACGACCAGCUUCUCCCACACAAGAUGGGUCCACACAGUGGGAAUCUGCUGAUCUGGGAAGUGAUGAACGAAAGCAAAAGUUUUUACGUUUGAUGGGUGCAAGCAAGAAAGAACACACAGGACGUCUUGUCAUCGGUGACCACAAGUCGACGUCUCACUUCCGUAGUGGGAAGGAAGAUAAGAAGAUGAACGAUGAACUGGAACAUCAGUAUCAGCAGGGCAUGGAUGGAAAACUGUCGGGAAGGAAUCGAAGGCAUUGUGGUCUGGGUUUCAGUGAGCCUGACCCGCAGCUAGAAUCAACACCCAUCCCACCCCCGGAUGGUCCGACAGAUGGCGCCAGUCCAGAGAAGUCCACCAGUGAAGAAAGUCCCACAGACUCUCAGGACAAACACUCUGACACCAGUCCAAAGGAGAAAAGCUCAGAACAGACUGAGCACAGCUCAGACGAUACAGAUGAGGAACGCAAACACGACUACAAAGCAGCCUUCGUAAAAUCAGCGUAGGGCGGGGGGGGGAGGAUUUAAGUUUUGUAUUAUCGGAUUUGGCCAGAAUGUGUUUUGUUUGUUUACUUUUAGACGACUACUUGUUGUCUCUGUCAUGUUUCUGAGCAGAGAUGGAUUCUUCACAGCUCAUCACUCAGGUGAAGAUAAGUCUUCAAGCGAAAAACAAACGAAAAAGUCUUGGGUGGUCCCAAACCUCAUUAAAACGACAAACAAGCCAGUUUCAUUUCAUGUUUUUAGUUUGAACAUUUUAACAGUCAUCAUGUUUGUCUUGAAUAGGAUGAGCUCUCAUUAAUUAUGGAUUAUAAAGAUGUGACUUUUUAUUGUUUUCUUUAUGAAAACUAAUAAAAGGAACAGAGUCACUUUGUUUUCUGUUAGUAUUCUAAAGGCAUUUGAUUAUAAAGAUGAUAUGGACUGUA